UAUAAGGAGUGUGCUGGGCACCUGAACCCUACUUCUCCGGAGCAUCAGACUCUGUCUCUUCCAGCAUGUACUCUCUCCAGCUCCUGCUCAGGGCCAGCCAUGCUGCCCUGCUCCUGGUUCUCUGUCUGCAGCUGGGGAUCAACAAAGCUCAGGAAGACAAUCGACAGGUGAUCAAAAUGGAUUUUAAAUUGCCUCAGACAACAAGAGCAAAUGAAGAAGUCACUGCAACGCUUAGAGUUGGAACAGAAUUGAGAGAAUGUAUGGUGAUUAAAACUUACCUAGUAAGCAACCCUCCAGUUGAUGGGCCUUUAAAUUACAAAUAUACUGCCUGCCUGUGUGAGGAAUAUCAAAGAACCUUCUUCUGGGACUUUCAGGUCAACAGUACUAUAAGAAUUGCAGCAGUGGUUGACAUCAUUCGUGAAUUUAACAUCUGCCCUGACAACAUGGCAGUGAUACCCAUCAAAGCAAACCGCUUUAGUGUCUUGAAAAUGCUGCCUGUGGCCUGAUCUUACUGAAAGCCUUAUCUCACUACCCCCCUACCACACCCCAAAGUGGUUUCCUCUAAGGAACAUGGCCAGGUGUGUGUUGAGGUCUGUAAAAUAAACUUCCCUCAG